AUGGCAACUGAAAAGCACUCAUUCAAAGUCUUCACCUACAGAGGACAUGGUUUGGAAGCAUUGACCAAGAUGGAAAAUGAUGAAUUGAAGAACUUGUUCACUAGUGCUCUCAGAAGAAGAAUCAGCAAGGGUGUAUCCAAGAAGUAUAAGACCUUGAUUGAAAAGGCCCAAAAGAAGAGAGACUCUGCACCAUAUGGUGAAAAGCCAGAUGCUGUCAAGACUCACUUGAGAGAUAUGAUUAUCCUCCCAUCCAUGGUUGGUACUAUCAUUGGUGUCUACAACGGUAAGGACUACGUCUCCGUUGAAAUCAAGCCAGAAAUGAUCGGAAUGAAGUUGGCUGAUUUCUCCCUCACAUACAAGCCAGUCAAACACGGUAAGCCAGGUAUCGGUGCCACCUCUUCUUCAAAGUUCGUUCCAUUGAAGUAA